AAUAAAACAAAUCACAAAAGAAAAAAAAAAUCAUUUGAAAAUUAAUUAGGUAACCGAUAUUUAAUAAUAUCCUUAAUAACACAAAAUAAUAACAUUUGCUAUUAGUCAUCUAUAUAUUCUAGUGUUUAGCCAAGGUUAAUAGCCGAUAACUACCUAAUAUACGUCCGUGGGUAGUACUAUCUAUCUAUAAACCUUGGUGUUUAUCAACAAUAUAUUUUGUUUAUUCUAUAUUCCCCCAUAAAAUCGAUAAGCUUCCCGUAUUCUCAUCUAUAUUAUUUGGUAAAGAGUAGAGGAGUCAUAGCAUUGAUUAUAAUAUAUGUUAGUACUAUAGUCAAUAUUUACAAAAUUAUAUAUAAUCAGUGACAAUAGGUUCUGAUAAAAAUCUUGGGUUAUCAAUUAUUUUUAUCGUUAUUAUCUACUACCGUAAUAUUAAAAAUUAUUUUGAUGAUUUGUAAACUUGUUUAUGAGUUUUUGGAAUUAAUUUUUAUUUGAUAUGAAUUUAAUAUUAUUAUAAUAUGAUAUGAUAUGAUAUGAUAUAAUAUGAUUAAAGUCGAUGAUAAAUUCUAAUCUACUUUGAAGCUCAAAAUUUUUUAAUUGUCAAUUUAUUAGACUUUAGGAAUGAAUUAUGCUCCUAAAAAUUUGUUUGAAAUGAAUGGAUAUAAAUUUUUUUUAUUCGGUUGUUUGUUUACGUCUGUCACUUGGUCUUUAAGUUUGUACAUGUAUUGGAAACUUAGCACCAAGCCCGAAAGUUAUUCACAAGCUAAACUCUAUCGAAGCGAGAAUACUUUUGAAUAUGUAAGGAAACAAAAAUCUAAAUAUUUUAAGAGCCAUGUGGAUAAAAAUGGUUGGUGCAUACUCAUAUUUUUUUAAAUUAAGUUGGUUUUUUAAUAUUUAAUUCUUACCUAUUUACAUUUUACACUGUAUUAUUUUUAUAUAGACAUUGAUGGCUUGGGAAUUAUUAAAAAUGACGAUGAUAUGAUUAUUAGAGAUAAAGGAUACAAAGACCAUGGGUUUAACGCUUUAGUAAGUUUGAGAUUAGGCAAUUUUCGUGAUCCAUUGCCUGAUACUAGACAUAAAUUGUAAGUCAAUAUUUUAUUUAAGAAAGUAUACAUUAAAUUUUCUGAAUGCAUAUUAUUUAUUACCUUUAUCUCUUAGAUGUUCAACAAUAAAUUACGAUCAAAACUUGCCUACGGCUAGUAUUAUAAUUUGUUUUUAUAAUGAGCAUCCACAAGCUCUUUUUAGGACUAUAGAAUCAGUUAUUAGACGGACUCCAAGAAAUAUGUUACAUGAAGUCGUAUUAAUAAACGAUUAUAGUGAUUCACGUAAGUAAAAUCUAAUAAUUAACAUGUUUUGUUAAUGUGUAUUACAUACGUAAAUUAUUAUUAUUAUUAUUUUUAGCAAAUCUACAUGUCACAGUUGAGCAAUACAUACAAAAUGAAAAGAUUCAAGAUAUAGUCCAUUUAAGAAAAACAGCUGUAAGAGAGGGUCUUAUUCGUGCAAGAUUAUUUGGAGCCAACUUAGCAACUGGUCAAGUAAAUUAAUGUCUUAAAUUAAUGUAUAUUUAUAUGUUUAGUUAAUAAUACGGCCCAAAUUAAUAAUGAAUAAAACUCUAAAAAUAAUAUAAAUGAAUAUAUAAACAUUACAUUUUAAAAUUAAAUAGAGAUUACUACUGUUAUCGUUAUAAAAAUUGUGUAGUUAAUCAAUUAAACUUUAUAUUGUUCAUACAGUAUUAUUCAGAUAUAUAUUUAAUGUUGAAUAGGCCUAUCAGGAAAUUAGUAUUUUCCAGAUGAGUCCCCGUCUGAACUUAAUUAUGGGACUUUUGCCUGUAGUUUGAGUAUGUUAUGAGUAAAGGAGAAUCUGAAUCAGUAAGAAUUGUAUUCAGAAUUAUGAGAGGAAAAAGAGGGAAAGGAAAUCUGAAAAAGAGGUGGUUGAAUUUGAUUGAGAACGAUAUGAAGAUAAGUAGUGUGUGUAAGGUGGGAGAUUGUGUCAAGUGGAAAUUUAGAACGGUGGCCAAUCCUAAAUAGUUGGGAUGAAUGCAAAAUAGAACAAGAAAAUAAUGUUAAAUAAAAUGUCUGUCAAUAUCUAUGUAGAUUAUAUCUAGCAUAAUAGGUAUCUAUCCAUUUUAUAUAUUACCUAUAUUAUAGUUAAUUCAAAAUUAUUGGUAAAAAUUUUGGAUAAUCACAAAAUAAAUUAUCUAUAAUUUUAAUGUUCUUAUGAACCCUGAUUUUUAGGGUUGAACCUAACCAAACUGAACUUUUCUUAAAAAUCAACAAACCUAAACUGAUUGGAACUUUUAAAAUAUUUUAUCGAACUCUAAUUAAACAUUAAAAAGUAAUCCUGUAUUUUUAUGGUAGAAGUUGUAUAUUUGUAUGAAAUUUAAAAAAUAAAGUUUAAUAAAAUAUGAGACUCACUAAUGUAAAAAAAUCGAUUUUUUUUUUUUAUAAUAAUCGCUUUAUCCCACCAUAGAACAUUGUAUUGGUGCCACGCUGAAACGGCAUGAAACAAUUUUUAAACGGUACUAUUGGUUAUUUGGUUUGGUUUGAUUAUUUGAAAUUUUCAAUUCGGUUUAGUUCGAAAAUUGAACAGUUCAUAGCAUACCAAAUUAUUUCAUUUGUAUUCCUCAUUAAAUUAUGAAAAUUAAUACAGAAAUAAUUAUACCAGUUUUAUUUUUAUUUUGUUCUAUUAGGUUUUAAUAUUUCUUGACAGCCACGUAGAAGUAAAUGUAGAUUGGAUUCAACCACUUUUGACUAGGGUACGUGAUAAUCGUACCCAAAUUAUUGCUCCUAUUAUUGAUAUCAUUCAACCAGACACAUUUGAUUACAAAUCAUCUCCAUUGGUUAGGGGUGGCUUUAAUUGGGGAUUAAAUUUUAAAUGGGACAGUUUACCAAAAGAUACAUUAGUUACAGAUGAAGAUUUUGUGAAACCAAUUAAGUAAUAUUCUUUUAUAACUAUAUAUGCAGAUAAAAGUAUAUAUAUAUAUAUAUAUAUAUCUUAAUUACAGAACACCAACUAUUGCUGGAGGCCUUUUCGCUGUGGAUAGAAAUUACUUCAGUGAAAUUGGCCAAUAUGAUUCCGGAAUGAAUAUAUGGGGAGGUGAAAACUUGGAGUUAUCAUUUCGAGUAAGAAAUAAAUGAUUCAAUGUCUAUUCUAAAUGAUUUAUAAUGCAUGAGUAAGUUAUUUAUCUUAGACAUUUAAGUUAAUUUUAAACUAUUAUUAUCUAUAUUACUUUUAAAAUUUUAAACAGAUAUAUUAAAAUAUAACAUAUUUUUUUAUACAAUUUUUUAGGUGUGGAUGUGUGGAGGUUCACUUUUCAUAGAACCAUGUUCUCGUGUUGGACAUGUAUUUAGGCAACAUCGACCAUACUCAGCUCCAAAUCAUGAAGACACUAUGGCAAGGAAUUCUUUGCGACUUGCAAAUGUCUGGAUGGAUGAUUUUAAAGUGGGUUAGAAAUAUAAAAUUAUUUAAAUAAUGUUAUAAAAUGGUGUAUUAUUUACAGAAAUUCUUUAUAAGUAAACGAUUGAAUUUACUCCGCCUAGAUUAUGGUGAUGUAUCUGAUAGAAAAGCUUUACGUACCAAAUUAGGGUGUAAAAAUUUUGAGUGGUACUUAGAAAAUGUGUAUCCUGAAAUGCUAUUACCAACAGAUGAAAUCGAUCGUCUCAGUAAAAAAUUAGAAAAUGUAAACAAACCAGUUUUUCAACCAUGGAAUAAACGGAUUCGUAACUAUACAGCAAAGUUUUUGGUAUGAUUUAUAUAUAAUGCUUAGAUUUAUAUAUAUAUUAAUUUUACAAUUUGUUUUAGAUUAACUUAAGUAAUACAAAUUUGUGUGUCCAUCCAAUUAAAGGACACCAAACAAAAAAUAGUAAACUUGUUCUUAGAUCUUGUAUUCGGAACAAGGAACAAGUUAGUGUCACAAGUAUCUAUGUAUAAUAUUAAUUAAUAAUUUUUCUAUUUAACAGUUUGAGAAACAUUUUAGAUAUGGUAUGAAACUGAUAAAGAAGAACUAGUUUUAUCAAAACUUUUAUGUUUGGAUAGUGCUUCAGGCAAGCCAGUUAUAGGAAAAUGCAGUGAAACCGGAAGCUCACAACGGUGGAAACAUUCAGAUGAUGUAAAUAUAAAACUUAAUAUAAUAAUAGUUAAGGGGUUUCUAUACAUAAUUUAUUUUUUUUAGUCUUAUGCCUUAGCAUAAUAUAACAAAUACAUUUCACACUUCAAUGAUUGCAACUUUUUGGUUAUAUUUAAGAUAAGAAAAUUUUCAUUUUUACAAUGAAGAAAUCUGUGUUUAAAUUUAUUUAAAUCAGAAUACUCAUCUUUAUGCAUAAAAGAUAUUAACCAGAGAGUCGAAGUAAUUGAAGUGCGAAACUUAUUUAUUGCUAAAUUAAACACAAGACAGACAGGGAAAAAACAUAUGUGUAGAGGUCAUUUAAGAAGAUAUUAAAACUUUUAAAUAUUACUGUGUUAAUAGAACUAUGGGAAAGUGCAUUUAAAAUUUAGUUUCAAAAUUUUUAAUGAAAUUAAUUAAAACAUUGAUUUAUUAUGUUUUCUUUAGAAAUAAAGAUGAUAUAAGUAGAAUUACAAUUGUCAAUUAAUAGCAUUCUAAAUGUUUAGUUAAUUGUAAUAACAAACAUAGAGGUUUCUAAAAUAACUACAAUACAAACUUAGGAUGUCCAUAAGUCAUGUUCAAAUUUACUUAUGAAUAUAUGCAUAAGAUCUUGUUACUCAAAAAUGUAGAUCUUCAGUUGACUUUGCUGGACUUACUUGUACAUAAUAUGAUACAGUUAUGUUUUAAGAUGACCAAGUUCUUUUCAAAAAAUGAUUUUAGAAUGUUGUGUAUUAUCUUAACAUUGUAAUUUACUGAGCUGUUAAGUCUAAAUGUUUAAGAGUAUAUACAAAAAAUUAUGUUCCAAUUUAAUCUUUUUUAAAUUCAUCAGUUUAAUAAAGAGUAUGUUUAGUCUCUAUAUUUUCAAUGCUACUUCAUUCAGGGUUAAAGAUAGACCAAUCUUUAACCUGUUUAUGGUUCAAAAAACUUUUCUUUCAAACAUGAUAAGUUCUGUACAGUCGCCUUUAGUCAAUGACCAAGUUUCACAAGCAUAUGUUAUUACAAGUUGAUUAGUUCGGUAGUUCGUGAAUUCAUCUCAAGUGGUCAAAGAUUUUUUUUAUGUUUAUUAGUUUUAUAAUUUAAAAAUUUAAGUCACAUUAAUUAAGGACCUAUUAAUAACCUUAGCUAACCUUUAUUAUUUUUAAUAAAUAAAUACAAAUAUUUGUCCAGAACAUUUAGUGUAUUGUUGAUUUAUUAAAUACGCAUAAAUUAUAAAGAAAUAAGUGAAGGGGGAGUGGAAUUAAGUAGUAGUUUUAUGGAGGUGGAAAAUUUAGUGGUCCGUGCCUAAUGUUGAGUUAGGAACCACAGUUCUAGAUAAUAACUUAGAUCUUAGGAUUUAAUUGUUUAAUUAUACUGAAAUAACAACUAUUUUCACUUUUGAUUCGUUAAUUUAUAUACGCGUCAUUCUUAUUAACACGAUAUUAACGCGUAAUUAUUUAAAAUCUUUAAUUUUUUCAAAUUCAUAAUUGUCUAUUAAAAAUCUAUAUUUGGCAGUCAUCUUGAUAAGACUAUGUAAUUCAUUUUUUCUUUGUUCACAUGGAAUCCUUUCUCUUUUUUUGCAUUUAUGAGUUUUGAUGUUGCAUUGAUGACUUCUUCUUUGGUUUCAUCAAUCACUACAAUGUCACACGUAUAUGGUAACAAAUUGUUCAUUAACUAUUUUUAUCCUUCAUGAUUAGUGUCUCUUAUUAUUUUUUCAAGUGUCAAGUUAAAUAAUGUGGGUAAAAGACAUUCCCCUGUUUUGGGCCAGAUUUAACUUCAAUUAUAUUCUGUUGUAUAUAUUACAAAUAUAGUUUUCAUUGAUUAUAGUUAUACAGAAUCAGUACUUUUUAUAGGAGUUGGUGUUCAAAAAACAAUAGAUUAACUUUUAGGUAAUGUUUGUAUUUUUUUAUUAUAAUAACUUUAAAAAGGUUUGAAAAAAAAACUUGAUAUAUCAAUUGUAAAUCAUAUGAUAAAAUUAUAUUUUUCAGAAAGGAACUGCAUUAUACAAUUUGGCUGCUGGAACAUGUCUUAGUGUAAAUGAGAAGAAGAUAAAUGCAGAAAUUGUUAUGAACAUAUGCAACAAUGAAAGUUCAUACAAUAAAUGGAACUUAGUAAUCAUUUAAUAUUUAAGUUAUAGUGCUAUAAAGAAAAUUUAAUGGAUUAUGUAUAAUACUAUGUAUACUUUUACAAUCAAAUCUAAUUGUUUAUCAAUCUUAUAAACCAUAAUCUAUUAAAAGAACAAUAUUAAUAUUAUUGAUAGUAUUGUAAUUAUAAAUUUUGUACCCUAAAAUGUAUUUGUUACAAAAAAAAAAAUAAAUAGUUUAACUGUAUAUUUCCUAGUACAUAUUAAUUAUUUAUUAUAUUAAAAUCAAUCCGCAAUCAUUUGUUUGAGCUAUACUAUUGUCAAAUGUAGCACACAGAAUUGUAUAGUCUGCACAGAAUAAACACCGACUAAAUUAUAAACAGGACACUGAUAUUCAUUGAUUUUUGUUAGUAAAGGCCAAAUUUUUACAAUAACAUAUAGAAAUAUAUCAAAUUUACUAAACAUAAUAUUUUAUACAUUGUAUAUUCUGUAUACUAGUACUUAAUAUUAUGUAG